UUAUGGUACCCAGAGAGUUAUUUCCUUCUUGCGUCAAAUGGUAGAGCACAAUGGUUUCUAUCGCUCAUCUGAUCAAUCUUGGGUGAGGUUAGAAAGAAUUCAGUUUGUUGGAGCAUGUAAUCCUCCUACGGAUCCAGGAAGAAAGCCACUCACUCACAGAUUUUUACGUCACGGGCCUGUUGUGUAUGUCGACUAUCAUGGUGCAGUUUCUUUAACGCAGAUAUACGGAACCUGUAAUCGAGCCAUGUUCAGGUUGAUCCCCUCACUAAGAAGCUCUGCUCAACAGUUGACUGAUGCCAUGGUAGAGUUUUAUACAAUGUCUCAGGUACGGGAAAUGGGGACCGACAAUCAUUGAAGUCAAAGUCUGGGAGUCAUUGCAAGGAAUAUCACAUGAGGUUGCAUAUUUAUGUUUGCAAUCCAAAGAAAGGUUGGUGGCUUUUU